AUGGCUGCCGACCCCGCCACGAAAUCCGCCGCGGAGGCUGCGGUCCGCCCCGCCUCCGAGGACUCCCCCGCCGCCACGCCCGCGCGCCGCACCUGGUACCGCACGACGCUGUUCAACGCCUUUGUGAUCGGCGGUGUCGGAUUCAUGGCGCCGGGACUCUGGAACGCCAUGAACGCGCUCGGGGCGGGCGGUGCGCAAAAGCCGUAUCUCGUCAACGCAGCAAACGCGCUCGUGUUCGGGCUCAUGGGGAUCCUGUGCUUGAUCGGCGGGCCGCUAGCGAACCGCAUUGGACUGUCUUGGACGCUGAUGCUGGGCGCGGUGGGCUACCCCGUCUACUCGGCUGGGUUGUACACGAACAGCCGCUUUGGGAACGAAUGGUUCGUGCUCGUCGGCGCGGUGGCGUGCGGCUUCAGCGCGGGACUGUUCUGGGCGGCUGAGGGAGCUGUCGCGCUCGGCUACCCAGAGCAGGGGAAGCGCGGGCGUUACCUGAAUAUCUGGUUGUGGUUCCGGACGGGAGGACCGUUGCUCGGCGGCGCGAUCGUGCUGGGCUUGAAUCACAGCGCGAGCUCGGCGCACAAGGGCAAGGUCGACCCAAAGACGUAUCUCAUUUUCGUUGCGCUGCAAUGCCUUGCCGUGCCGCUGGCGCUGGCCCUCUCCCCUCCCGAGAAGGUCCAACGCGCCGACGGCAGCAACGUCGUGGUCCGGGCGGAGUCGUCGUUUGCGGCGGAGCUGCGCGCGCUGGCCCGCCUGAGCAAGCGAAAGGACAUCCUCCUCCUGCUGCCUGUCUUCUGGGCUGCGUACUUCAACCAGUACACCGGCAACUUCCAGACGUACUACUUUGGCGUGCGGGCGCGGGCGCUGAUCGGUUUCGUCGGAAACUUCGGCACGCUGCUGUCAUCGCAGCUCAUGAGUUCAUGGCUGGACUACAAACGCGUCAGUGUCCGCGCGCGCAUCCACUGGGGUUUCGUGUAUGUUAUCGCGGUACACAUCGUCGCGUGGGUGUACGGCUGGGUCGUGCAGGAAAAGUACACGCGCGACCCGCCAGCGCUGGACUGGACGGACAAGGGCUUCGUGGAAGGGUUCUUUGUCAUCAUUCUCUGGGAGUUUUCUCGUCAGGCCCUCCAGAAUUGGCUUUACUACCUGCUGGCCUGCGCGACGGAUAAUAUCUCGGAGCUGAGCAGGCUGUCGGGCGUGCUGAGGGGACAGGAGAGCUUUGCCCAGGCUAUCUCGUACGGGAUUAAUACGCGCGAGUGGUACGGCGGGAGAGUCCCAUUGGCGGUAAACACGAUUUUGCUGGGUCUCGCGGUCUUUCCGACUUGGCUCGUUGUGAAGGACUUCAAGCCUGUCGAGGAGGAUAAGCUUGCGCUGGAAGAGAGCGCGCAGGUGAAGGAUGAGGCUGCCGUGACGGAGCAGGGCAAGACAAGUCUGAGUUUGAGUCGGGCGGCAUGA